AUGUCUGCUACAUACGCCUUCACAGACUCCCUACCCCUCCCAAAUUCCUCGGUUCAAAUUCCCCGUCUCGGUUUCGGUGUCUAUCGCUCUCCGACCAGCCAAUGCGUCCAGUCGUGUCUGAAGGCUCUUCAGACGGGAUACCGUCACAUCGACACGGCCCAGUUCUACGCAAAUGAGAAGGAAGUUGGUGAGGCGAUCCGGUCGUCGGGCAUCCUGCGCAGCGAGAUCUUCGUGACCACUAAGAUCAUCAGUCCGGCUGGUUCCCCCGAAGCGACCUACAAGAAGCUCGUUGACAGUGUGGACAAAAUUGGUGGCAAGGAUGGCUACGUUGAUUUGUUCCUUAUUCAUAGUUCCAAUUCCGGUUCGGCUGGUCGGAAGGAGCUGUGGCAGGCUCUGGAGAGACUCUUGGAGGAGGGUCGAACAAAAAGUAUCGGCGUUAGUAAUUUUGGAGUGAAGCACAUCGAAGAAAUGAAAUCAUACGCCAAAGUGUGGCCACCCCAUGUCAAUCAGAUCGAGCUCCAUCCAUGGUGCCAGCAGCGGGUGAUUGACUCUUACUGCAAGAAACACGGAAUUAUUGUCGAGUCUUAUUGCCCCAUAGUGCGCAACUAUAAAGCAAACGAUCCUACGCUCGUCGGCCUGGCGAAGAAAUACGAGAAGACGACCCCACAGGUUCUGAUACGCUACGCGCUGCAAAAAGGAUGGGUUCCGCUGCCGAAGACGGACGAUCCAGACCGAACUGUGGCCAAUGCCACUGUGUUCGACUUUAAUAUCAGUGAGGAGGACAUGGCCGUGUUGAACGCCCUGGAUCAGGGUCAUGCUGGAGCUAUCGUGGAGGCCGUCGUUAAUGAGUAA